AUGGCUCAUCGGCUCAUAGCUAGGGGCGCCGACCUCGAGGCCCUCUCACCUCGCGAUGCCAACGCGCAGCGCAUGCCCAAGCCGUCCACCAAGACGGCCGCCGACGGCAAGACCAAGACGGCUGCACAGCUCAAGGCGGCCAAGGACAAGGAGCACCCGCCGCCGCCGCCGCCCGAGGUCUUGGAGCCCUCGUCCAGCGAGCGUCCUGGAGGCGCCGUCUACCAGACCGGGAAGCUGCUCGGCAAGGGCGGCUUCGCCAUCUGCUACAGCGGCCACCUGCAGCCCUCGAACAAGGUCUACGCCCUCAAGAUUGUCAAGAGCCACAUGCCGGCCAAGAUGGAGCAAAAGUUCCAAACCGAAUUGCAAAUACACUCCAAGAUGAAACACAAGAACAUUGUCCAGUUUUGGCGCGCCUUUUCCUUUCAGAACAGCACCUACCUCGUCCUUGAACUCUGCCCCAACGGCUCCCUCAUGGACAUGGUCAAGCGCCGCAAGGGACUCACCGAGCCCGAAGUCCGCUUCUACUCGGUCCAGAUUGCCGGCGCCAUCAAAUACAUGCACAGCAAGGGCAUCAUCCACAGAGACUUGAAAAUGGGCAACAUCUUUCUCGACGCCCACAUGAAUGCCAAGAUUGGCGACUUUGGUCUCGCUGCGCUCCUUGUUACUGGCAGGGACAUGCACACCAUCCGUCGCACGACACUCUGCGGAACCCCAAACUAUAUCGCACCCGAAAUCUUGGAAAAGGGAAAAAAGGGCCACGAUCACAUGGUUGACAUCUGGUCCCUUGGUAUCAUCAUGUUUGCCAUGUUCACUUCCAAACCUCCCUUCCAGUCCUCCACUACAGAUGAGAUUUACCGCCGCGCAAGAGAGCGUGACUAUGAAUGGCCCGUCAAUGACACUACGCGCUACAUCAGUGACGAAGCCAAAGAUCUGGUGGCCACCAUGUUGGAGGAUGCCGAGCAGCGACCAGAACCAGACGCCAUUAUUCAGCACCCCUUCUUCACAAUCGGCUACACACCAAGAGAAUCCGAGAUGAGCACCCGCCUGCGCGACACAGCGCCGGACAGGCAAGAGUUUUACGGCCGUCUGCCUCCCGCCAUGCGUACACAGGCGAUGCGAAACCUCAAAGAGCUCUGCCGCGAGUGCUGCAUCGGUCCCAUGGCCAAUGUGCAGGUUCUUCACACGCAGAUUUGGAAGGAGAUGGCUGCCGAGGAAAAGGCUGGUCUGACCCCCGUCAUUCCUCUAGCCGACGAUAUUGUCUAUACGCCGUUUGACGACUGGAUCAAGGAGCAGCAGCAACUGCGCCUGAAACAAUCGGCAUCGGCGCCGCCCGCGCUGGGCCCUACGGUGCCCCCCGAGAAGACGAGUCUUCUCCGUCAACCGCCUCAAAGUUUUGCCGCGCAGCAAAGAGCCCAAAACCGGCCAGCUGCCGCGCCACCAGCCAAGCCCAUCUCCACAGAGCCACUGUCACAAAGCACACGCGCCAAAACUCGCUCAGAUUCGUUGUCAUUGCGCCCCAAGGAAGCGUCCGAUUCUAUCAGAAGCGUGCGUCCGGCGAUUCGUACAGCACUGCCUUCUAUCCGCUCAGCACCAAAUAUUCACCUCGUCGAGCGCUCAGCUUCGCUAUCAAGUUCAGCGUCGGGAGGCCUAGGUCAUUCAAGACAAAAUUCUGGUUCUAUUCAUGCCGCCAGUCUUUUCAGCCCCUUGGAAAAGCCCGAUCAGGUUGUCGGCACCAACCCCGAUGUCGUUCUAGAACGCCUUCGCCGGUUGGAAUCAGAGCUCGACCGCGCCCUCAACGCACGCUCCAUGGCCAUCAUCUCUUCCAGGACUGUUACGCCCUCACCACCGCACAUAGUUGUCAAGUGGGUGGACUACACCAACAAAUUUGGUCUCGGCUACAUUCUCAACGACGGUGGCGUUGGCUGCAUUCUGCGCGAUAUUCCCACCACCGAGGGCAGCAAGACAGCCCUUCUCCCUCCAGCCGGCGUCUUUAUCCGCGGCGCCGAGCGACACAUUCUCCGCCGCCAAGACGAGUCAUAUCCUGACAGAAACCAACCAGUCCCCAUGUCCCAGUCGAUUACCUUUUUCGAGAACAAGGGCGAGGACGGCCUGAACGAAGUCUCCCUCUCCCCAGAGCAGUUCCGCGUGGCAAUGAAUGAAGACGGCACGGCGGGCAAGAUGAACCCGGGUCGCGACAUUUACCAGCACAGAAAACGCGAGCGCAUCAUUCUGUGGAAGAAGUUUGCCAACUACAUGAUUGCCUAUGGCCGGGACGAGAUUAUUGCCGAGGAGCCCGCCCCCAAGAGCGAAAAGGCCACACCCUCAGAGCUCGUCACGUUUUACCAGCGCUUUGGCGACGUGGGCUGCUGGGCCUUUUGCGACGGCCACCUGCAGUUUAACUUUCCUGACCACACCAAGAUUGUGCUCGACGCGACGGGGACGUGGUGCCAUUUUUGGCACCUGCCUCAAGACGCCGCCGAGCGGCUAGCUGAGACGGGCACCAUUGGCGCGACGGCGCUCGACGACCGCGCGACGCUCUCGUACCCGCUGCAGACGCUGCUCAACUUUCAAACGCCGGCGCGUGCGUCAUCGGUGGCCGCGGCGGCCAACCCUGCGCGGUCGACUAGGAAGCGGCCCGAGAUUGACCCCGCGCUGCAGGGCAUCCCCGCGGCCAAUGAUUUCCGCCGCAAGAUUGACUUUAUCCGCAGCGUCGUCCGCGAGUGGGUGGCCAAUGGCGGGCUCGGCAACAGCUCCAUGGCGCGCGAGCACCGUCUGCGCUGGCGCGGCCACCGCGAGACCAUCCACAGCACCGCGCCUCAAAAGCAUGUCUGGGUCACCAUUGGGUCUCGCUGGGGCGACCAGCGCAUAUCCACCCUGGUCGACCCCCUCCGACCGUGGGAGCUGGGCGACGAGGUCGAGGCCAGGAAGUAA